UGCAAAUGUCGACAACGACAUCGUCGAGUACACUGCUUGCAUCUACAGCAUCACUCGGUUUGUUAUUUCACUCAUUUAUCUUCUUCUUCUUCGUGCUUUUCAUCUUCAGCUUGUUAUUGUGAACAAGGAAAUUUGUCGGAAUUCGGAAAACGUCAGCGCUUGUCGCCGGUGCUGUUUAUCAUCUUGAAGUUCAUAUUUUUCGUAAUCCGGUUGAGAAUUUGAGAGCUUCUAGUAACGGUUCAAAAACAGCAUUACAGAUUCAGAAAAAGUUCAGAAGUGUCUUGCUGUCGCACCCUACCGCGACGCUCUUUGAGCGGUGCUUCUCAUAUCUAUGUAUUUCCCUGUUGUUGAAGAAGAGAUUUUUAUUUUUAUAUUUCCACAAAAGAAAACUAACCUUUGCCACGACCUGGGG